CGGAGGCUGCGGGUGAGCUAGAACCAAAGACACCCCCACCCCCGGGCCGGAGACCGGAGACCUGCAGCCUGCGACAAGAGUGGAGGGCGAAGGGGACUCCGGUCCAGCGAGGUGAGACGUGCGCCGUGGACGAAGUUGGAGGGCAACCAACUUCCGAGGGACACGCGCACCCAGGAUGCUCGUCCCCGCCCUCCUCGCCCUCUCCUUCUGCUUCAGGGGGCGUGCAGGCCCUUCGCCCCGUUUCCUGCAACAGCCGGAGGACCUGGUGGUGCUGCUGGGGCAGGAGGCUCGGCUGCCCUGUGCUCUGGGCGCGUACAGGGGGCUUGUGCAGUGGACCAAGGAUGGACUGGCUCUAGGGGGCGAAAGGGACCUGCCAGGGUGGCCCCGGUACUGGAUAUCUGGGAGUGCAGCCAGUGGCCAGCACGAUCUCCACAUUAAGCCUGUGGAGCUGGAGGAUGAGGCAUCAUAUGAAUGUCAGGCGUCCCAAGCAGGCCUCCGAUCGCGACCAGCCCGAAUACACGUGCUGGUACCUCCAGAAGCCCCCCAGGUGCUGGGUGGCCCCUCUGUGUCCUUGACCGUUGGAGUUCCAGGGAAUCUGACCUGUCGGAGCCAAGGGGAUGCCCGCCCUGCUCCUGAGCUGCUGUGGUUCCGAGAUGGAAUCCGGCUGGAUGGGACCACUUUCCAACAGACCUUGCUGGAGGAAAGCACCACUGGGUCUGUGGAGAGCAUUUUAUUCCUGACCCCUUCGAGUCAUGAUGAUGGAGCCACCUUGAUCUGCAGAGCCAGGAGCCAGGCCCUGCCCACAGGGAGGGACACGGCUAUCACUUUGAGCCUCCAGUACCCUCCAGUAGUGACUCUGUCUGCGGAACCCCAGACUGUGCAGGAGGGAGAGAAGGUCACUUUCCGGUGUCAGGCCACGGCCCAGCCUCCUGUCACGGGCUACAGGUGGGCCAAGGGGGGCUCUCCGGUGCUCGGGGCCCGCGGGCCCAGGCUGGAGGUUGUGGCAGACCCCUCAUUCCUGACAGAGCCUGUGUCCUGCGAGGUCAGCAACGCGGUGGGAAGUGCCAACCGCAGCACGGCGCUGGACGUGCAGUUUGGGCCGAUUCUACAAGCAAAGCCGGAGCCGGUGUUCGUGGACGUGGGCCAAGACGCCACCUUCAGCUGUGCCUGGCGGGGGAACCCACUCCCACGGGUGACAUGGGCCCGCCGCGGUGGCGCGCAGGUGCUGAGCUCUGGACCCACGCUGCGUCUUCCGUCAGUGAGGCCAGAAGAUGCCGGCGACUACCUGUGCAGGGCUGAACCCAGGUCCCUGGGCCUGGGGGGCGGAACCGCCGAGGCGAGGCUGACCGUGAAUGCUCCCCCAGUAGUAACCGCCCUGCACUCUGGGCCUGCCUUCCUGAGGGGCCCAGCUCGCCUCCAGUGUGCAGUGUUUGCCUCUCCCGCCCCAGACUCUGUGGUCUGGUCUUGGGAUGAGGGCUUCCUGGAAACAGGGUCAAGAGGCAGGUUCCUGGUGGAGACCUUCACAGCCCCAGAGGUCCAGGGAGGAGAUGGUCCAGGCCUGAUCUCUGUGCUUCACAUUUCUGGGACCCAGGAGUCAGACUUCACUAGGGCCUUCAAUUGCAGUGCACGGAACCGGUUGGGUGAGGCAGGAGCCCAGCUCUACCUGGGCAGAAGAGACCUGCUGCCCACUGUGCGGAUUGUGGCUGGAGCAGCUGCUGCGGCCACCACUCUCCUUAUGGUCAUCACUGCGGUGGUCCUCUGCUGCUGGCGUCACAGCAAGGCCUCCUUCUCCAAGCAAAAGAAACUGGUGAGUAUCCCAGGAAGUAGUGAUGGCUCCACUUCCCGUGGCCCUGAGGAGGAGACAGGCAGCAGUGAGGACCAGGGCCCCUCUGUGCACACAGAUCACAGGGACUUGAUUCUGGAUGAGGAAGGAGCACAGGAGACUAAGGAUCCAACCAAUGGUUACUACAAGGUACGAGGGGUCAGUGUGAGUCUGAGCCUUGGAGAAGCUCCUGGAGGAGGCCUGUUUCUGCCACCCCCCUCUCCGAUUGGACUUCCAGGGACCCCUACCUUCUAUGACUUCAACCCACAGCCGGACAUGGUGCCUCCCUGCAGACUGUAUAGAGCACGGGCAGGUUAUCUCACCACACCUCAUCCUCGAGCUUUCACCAACUACAUGAAACCCCCAUCCUUUGGACCUCCAGAUCUGACCACUGGGACGCCCCCCUUUGCCUAUGCGGCCUUCACCACACCCAGUCACCAGCGUCUCCAGACUCACGUGUGAGGACGUCUCUCCAAGUAGAGACAAGGAAUCUUCAGCUUGCCACAGCUAGUGGUCCUGGAACUGAGGAAUCACAGCAACAUGACGGCAAUGCUCCUCCAAAACUGCACCCUGAGGGAGGGGAAGAUCUUUAUAACUGCCAGGAUCACUGAUACACAGUCAGCUCAGCCAAAGGGGGUGCUUCAGGUGGGGGAGCAAUAUAUCACUAUGCCCAACUACUCUGUUAGGUG